AUGGCAGAGGUCGUCAGCCCGAAACCACCUCAAUCGCCCUUCCAGAACGUCCGCACAACCGGUCGCGCCUUAGAUUCCCCGAACUGGCGUAUGAAAGCCGAGAAAAGCCCCGACGCAGUCCCGACCUCUCCCUCGCCUCAGACCAAUACCUCACGCACGGCAUUUGCUCGACCAGGACCACAUGCGCCGCAGGCCAUCUCCGAGGGCCGCCGGUUGUAUGUGGGCAAUAUGCCGUACACAGCUAAGUCGGCGGAUGUGGAGGCGCUGUUCAGGGCGGCCGAGUUUCCCAUCGAGCGCAUCGAUAUCGCCAUUGAUCCCUUUACCGGCCGGAAUCCGUCCUACUGCUUUGUUGACGUGCAGACGAAAGAGCAGGCUGCGCGUGCGAUGUUCGAGCUCGACGGCCGCGACUUAAUGGGUCGACCCGUGAAGAUUAAGCCGGGUGUGCAGAAGUCGGCGUCCUCGACGGUCUCGGGGUCCCUUGAGCCCCGGUUGGACCAGUGGCGACGUCAGACGCAGCCUAGCUUCGCAAAGACACACAGUGACUCGAGUCGGAGGGUAUAUGUGGGUGGCUUGCCUCGAUUGACGGAUCAGGAUGCUGUUAAGAGCAAUAUUCGGACUUUCUUUGAAGGGUUUCAAGUUGAGGAGAUUAGCAAGCUGUUUACCCCCCACCCGGCCAAGCGCUUUGAGCCCGGCGAGCACUAUUAUCUGUUUGUGGAUCUGGUGAGUGUGGAGGCGGCCGAGCGGGCGAUGGACAGUCUGCAUGAGAAGAUGGGGCCGUGGGGAGGAGCUCUACGGGUGCGGCGGUGCAAUCGUCGGGAGGAGAAGUAG